GCGUUGCAUAGCAUUGCAUCGGAUAAAUCAAACGUGCUGAUGGCAGGCUUUUUGAUGAACAAGUACGCGAUUAAUUUAUUUAACGGUCUGCAAAAGGUGAUCACCAGACAGGUUUUGCAGGUUGAGAAAAGAGAUUUCCAUAAAGCAAUGACUCUUCGCAACCAACAAAAACCUUUAAACCCACAAUUUGAGCUGUAUACUGCAGAUAAAUUCUUAAAUCCAAUUAAACCCAUUACAAAUGAUCCAACAAGUCGGCCUUUGGUAGUUUUGAUAGCAUGGAUGCUCGCUAAGAAAAAGCACAUUGAAAAAUACAGUGAAAUAUACUUAAAACAAGGCUUUGAUGUAUUAUCAGUAACGAUGACUCCUUGGCAGUUUCUUUGGCCUACAACUGGAGCACAGCCAAUUGCAGAUGAAUUGCUCCAAUACUUGAAUGAACAUUCGAAUCGGCCCCUUUUACUUCAUGGGUUUUCAGUCGGCGCUUACCUUUGGGGAGAAGUACUAGUCAAGAUUAAUACAGACUUACCAAAGUAUACGAAACUUAUCGACAGAGUCAAAGGCCAAAUAUGGGAUUCGGCUCCAGACAUUGCUGAACUUCACAAAGGAAUACCAAGAGCAUUGGUACCUGGAAAUUCUCUUCUUAGAGCUACAGUUGAAAAAUAUGUCGUCUACCAUUUGAGUACAUUCCAGAAUUCAGUCACCCAACAUUACAUCAGGUCAAGCCAGUUGUUCCACACAACACCUAUUAGAGCACCGACAUUACUUUUCAUCUCCAAGAAUGACCUUAUUGCGACGGAAGCGUCAAAUCAAAGAGUCCGCAAAUCGUGGGAAUCAUUGGGAAUGAAGGUUUCCUGGAAAUGUUGGGAUAAAUCAAAACACGUUUCACAUUUCAUUUUGCACCGUGACGAGUAUUUGUACGAAUUGAAUUCUUUUAUUGCUUCGCUAGACCUCUUUUCUCAGUAUGAGGAGGUGAAGGAUAAAAUUAAGGCAAAGUUGUAAAUCAAUUUUUAAAUAAAAAUAAUAAUGAUGUUUUUCAUCAGUCAUAAUUAUUGUUACCUUUAUGCCAAUUGUUUGUUGUAAUUAUUAAUCUAGUUUUUCUUCAUUGUAACAAAAUACAUAAACUCGUCAGAAUAAAGUAUUAUUAAUUGGAGUGAACUAAAUCUGGCCAAAUAAUUUUUAAUCACAAUUUACUAUGUAAACAUGUGUGUAUGUAAUGCUGUUAAUGAAGGGUAAAUAAAUAAAAACAUUAAACAUUUA